AUGUCGUUUGUGCUUUCAAAACGAGGAACUCGCUCGGCGUCAUAUUUACGAUUGAAGGGCCCUUUGUACCUUCGGCGGAAACUAGGUCAACAUCUACUAAUCUCAGAUGGCAUCUUAAACCAGAUCAUCAGUGCUUCAGAGUUACCAAUCACCUCUUCGGAACUUGUGCGUGUACUUGAAAUUGGCCCCGGAACGGGCAACUUGACGUCAGCGCUACUGAAAGUGGGUUCGCAUAUCACUGUUCAUGCAGUGGAAUAUGAUUCUCGCAUGGUGAGACAACUUAAACUUCGAUUUCCAACUGAAAUUGAAGCUGCCAACAUACCGUAUCAAUUGUCGUCUCUGGUGAUAUCUCGGCUUUCGAGGUACAUGCACCGCUUUGCGACGACGUUUAAAUGUGCGGUGCUGCUAGUACAAGAGGAAUUUGCAUUAAGACUAUUGGCCCAACCAGGCCACCAAAAUUUUAGUCGCCUGAGUGCUAAUACUGCGCUGGUAGCAGACAUCACGUCGAUUGUAGAAGUGCCAAGACAUCACUUCUUACCUCCGCCAAACGUAGACUCAAGGGUAAUCAAGCUCGUGCCCCGUGUUGCUUCGACGCCCGCGCUGCCAUCAGAUGACCCUUUAUUUUUCCAGAAGUUUGAUGCCUUGUUAAGAUUGUGCUUCGUGCGCAAGAACAAGACACUGAGAGCUUUGCUAUUGGAAAAAACAGCACGUUCGCAGUAUGUUUUUAAUAAUGAGGCACUAGUUAAUCAAAAAGACGAGCAUCAGGUCAUCACGGAGCGUGUUGAGGCAGCUUUGGAUGCUAGUGGACUCAUAUCAAAGAGAGCGGUAAAAGUUUCGGUGGCUGAAUUUAUCAAGUUGAUGCAUGAGCUAAAUGAACACGGAGUUGGCGUACGUCCAAGCUCGACGCGCCAUUUCGAAAUCUAG